AUGUUUUUUUCAAGAUUUACAAAUAAAAUCGUUAGAAAUAACUUAGUAUACAUAAUUAGAAGAGAUUGGAAGUGUCUGGCGAGUGAUUAUAGGCACAACAGAGUUCAAAGGAAUCUGAGCUUCGAUGAAAAAGGAAACCCUAGGCCGAACGUGUGGAACUACUACUCAAGGAGAGAGAUCACGACACUGUUCGUACAACCGCUGGUAGUGAUACUGGUGUACGUGUUCACACUCUGGAAUAUUUUCAAAUACACGUGCAACGUCAAAGACCUGGAGGACUUCGCGAGGAAAGUGAGAUGGAUUAAGGACUGA